AUGGACCCCAACGAAUUCGGCCAUUCAACGAUCCCCCUGCAGCACAACCCCUACGGCCCCAUAACCCCCGCCUCACUCCAGUCCGCCAACGAAGGUAAAGUAGCAGUCGUGACGGGAAGCGCCCGUGGCAUCGGUGCUGCGAUUGCAGAUUCCCUAGCACAGUCGGGUGCGACUGUUGCCUUACUGGACCUCACGGUCAACGCGAAUAGCGAAACGAAAGCGAGGUGUGAGAAGUAUGGCGGGAAGGUCGGGAGUUGGGCUUGCGAUGUGACCGACGGGGAAGCGGUAGAGAGAACCUUUGGGGAGAUUGAGCGGACUUUCGGAGGAAUCGAUGUUCUGGUCAACAACGCUGGUAUAUUGGAUCAACGACCAUUCAUCAUGUCAACGUUCGAAGGGUUCUGGCGACAGAUCGAAGUCAACUUCAAAGCACCACUGUUAACCAUACAUGCCUUGCUCCCACGAUUCCGUGAGAGAGGCAGCGGGUGUAUUAUCAACAUCGCAUCGAGGAGUGGGACUGUAGACGUUCCCAUGACAUUGGGGUACGUCACAUCGAAAGCCGCAUUGAUACGGGCGACGCAUACCCUGCACAAGGAGAUGGAGCUUGAUGGAUUGGAUCCGGCGAUUCAUCUUUAUGCACUACAUCCUGGCGGUGUUCUGACAGGAAUGGGCGGCUCCGGUGCCGAUCAGGAUGUGCUAGAAAAGUAUGGCGAUGUCAGAGACGAGAAAUUUUUCAUGGAGUUAUUCAAAGAUGAACCAGCACUGUGCGGGCAGACGUGCGCUUUUUUGGCUUCGGGAAGAGGCAAGGAGCUUCGCGGGCUUUAUCUUGAUUGUAGGCAAGAUAUAUCGAGAUUGCUCGAAAAAGGACGAGAAGCGCUCUUGAAAGAAAAGAGAAAUUUGCUAACAGUAAAUUUCCUGGAUGGGUAUUGUAAUGAGCCAUAGUAAGACAAGAAAGGAAGAAGAUGAAGUAAUUGAAGAUGCAGGUGUAGGUAGCAACUAAAGUCGGAUAUCAUCCUCCUUCCCAUUCAAUCGAAGCAGCCGUGGCCACAAGGAGAUUUUCCUAUUCAUGCUCCAACCCUGUACCUCAUCCCAGUUGACACAUUGACGUUUUGAAGCGGACUUCGCUUUGGGACGAGUGUCAGUCGAAGUCUUCCAUGUAAACGUGUACAAACUGAGAUCUGCCUGGCACAUGAUGGAAAGACGAAUCGUUUCAAUGCAGUGAUCUAUCACAAGCAAUGUUUAGUAGUCGCUCUAAGACAUUAUGGGCCCUUCAAUGAAAACUCACCGAGGUGAUCGAAAAACCAUCGCUCAUUGGCUUCUGUGAGGUUUUCAUAAUAUACAUCGCGGUAAAGAUGCAUUCGCAG